UUUACCACUUACUAGCUUUAUUGGGAGCACAUCAAGUGCUUAGCAAAUACAUUGGAGUUGCUCGCCGAAUGACUUCACUUACAACACAGCGCCAUAAAAAACGAAACGAACUGUUGAUGUGAAGUGAUGAGAGAGCAAUGGCAAAAAGGGCGAUAGCAAAACAAUGUACUCAAAAGCAAUAACAAUGUAAAUAUGGAUUAAAAACAAGAUAAUGCCAGUUGUAGCUUAUCAGCGCAAGAACUGAGGAAUGCAGGCACAAAAGCGAACAAAAGAAUGUUGUGACCGCAGAAAGUGAAAGAGUUGAGGCGAACCGGUGCCAACACCGGCAAUGCGCUCACGCGAAAGACUUGCGAGCGCCCAAAUGGGGAGCAGAGCGAGUUGGCGCCGAGAGCGCGCGCACUACUACUAAAUGGGUGCGUACAAGCGCGGCGAAAGCAGUACGAAGCGGCCGAGUCAUGUGGACGGUGGACAACAAAGCGCACGUAUGCUACAACAACGACAGGCGGUAAGCGACGACGGCAAGCAGCAAACAACAGCUAAUUGAAUUAAUCCCAUGAAUGAGCUACACGGCGGCAUACACAUAGCAGACUACAGCAGCAACAAUAAAAACAACAAGUGUAAAAUUACAGGUGGUAGCCGAAAAACAAAUCGACUAGCGUGUGUGGCAAAGACAGCAGCGGCGGCGGCGGCGCGACAGCGCAGUGACGUACAAAAAUUGACGAGACUUUUUUCACGAGUGUUUGAGCUAACGACGAGCAAAAGCGCCAGCGCGCCACAAAAAGUGUAUAGAGAAAAGACUGCGCGCACUUUGUUUUCGUUUGCAUUAAGGCUGAUAAAAGCCAAGAAAAUAGCUAGCUAGGCAGCAAUUAAGUCGACUUGAUACGACAAAGUGCAAAAGCGUGCUUUUCAUAGUGAUUUAUGCGCGUAUACGUAAUAGCGCGUAAGACUAAAGCGGCGAAGAGACAACGAAAGCAACAGCAGCGCCGACGACCACCACCACGACCACGACAAUAGCCAGCGCGCAACCACGAAUAGCACGUCGUUGGUAGUUAAGUAGGCGCGCCAAUAGAGCGCCAUAGUCACAUAGCUUCGGUGACAACAGUUAGUUACACCAGCGACAGCAGACGCAUCGGCAGCUGUUGCGUGCGCUAGUACCAAACGCCGCAUUACAACGCACGCAAACGCGUCAGCAAGCGUACGCGACGCUCAAGCGCUUUAACAAGCUAUAGGCAGUUAAAAAUAAAUCUUGCAACGGUAAAAUGUGUCGCUGCUGCCAGAGCUGCUGGGAAGACUUCAAGUGGAACUGCUUCGAGGAGAGAUUCUGCUACGAUGAGUCAAUCGCGAACUACAAUCCCGAAGAGGAUACGGACUACAUGUCAAUGCAGAAGAAUGGCAGUGCCCUCAGUCAUAUACAAGUGUCGGAUAACAACAAUUUAUCGGUGCCGAUCUGUAAUCAACCAUUGCGACGUGACGCUUCCGGCAUUAUGAGCAAUGCAAAGAUACACGAAGAAGACUACCGCCGCGAAACACAAACGAACGUGCCGAUGUUGGGUCCCGAAAUAUUGGCCGUUUUUGCAAAUUCACAAAUCUUCCAAGAUCAUCAACCGACCAAAAUGACACGUAUCAGCACGAAGACGUUCCUCGCCGGCAUACACUCACCCAACAAGGAAGUGCCGACAACGCCGCGUGAAACCGAACAGGAUCGGCUGCUGCGACGUUUGGAAGGUAAAACCGGCAAUGGCACGUUAACCGACAUACGUACACCCGAAAAUGUUACGCCUGCAAGCGCCGCCACCAUUACGAACACACCAACACCGACUGAUGCACACGAUAGUGCCAACGAGAAACGCAUUACAUUCACCUUAACCACCGAUUCAUCACCGGAGGGCAGCCAAACAUUGACACCGAAAAAAUUCGAUGCGAUUGCCGAAGAAGACAUGGCUGCUGAGAAUCAAACUAAACGCGACACUGACGAAGUCAUACUCCGUCCACCACGUUUCAUCGAUCGUCAAACGCAUUUGUUGAACACCAUUUCGGGCAAUACGACACCGCGCAAGCUUAAGCGUAGCGCCACAAGCGUACCGGCUUUCAAUGUGCGCAGCGCUGCCAGCGAAACGGACAUCUUUUCGAUUACCGGUUCCGGUUCACGUAUCAGCAUGACACCCGAAGUGCCAUCCAUAUCAUUCAGCAAUUUACCGAAGAAUUACGAAGAUACACCGACCAUCGAGAAAUAUCGCGUCUCGCAGAGUUUGUACUCCAUACAAACAGCGAAUGCGGCACGCGCCAAUCAAGAUGAUUACUCCAUGCCACGCUACUUCCGACGCUCGGCAGCCAUGCUGCAAACGCAGAGUAGCGAAAUGUUAUCGACUGUGCCGUCUGCAACAUCGUCCAAUUCAAUGUCAUCAUCCAAUGAGGGUAUACAUCGGCCGGACAAGGGCAAGAGUAAGCGUUUGCAAAUGUUGCGUGGCAACUUGCCGCCAUUGUUGAUACAUUCAGUGUCGUUCCGCAAGAAUAGGGAGGAGGGCAAGCAGCUGGAUUAGUUGACAGUCAAGGACAGUGUGGAUUAUAAAUGCUGUUGUUAUGUGCGGUAUAACGGUACAUUAAGGCUAGUGGUGUAUGGCGUCGGGUGAAGAGCGAUUGGUGCGAGCGUUGCCAUUUCUGUUUGUGCUUAAGUGAGCGUAAAUGAGUGUGUAACUGUUAAACAGUACAGUACAGUGAAGCUUCGCUAACAGGCACGUUAAAAUUUUUUUUAAUUAUUUAAAGAAUAAAAUUUAAAUUAAAAAAAUAUUAAAAUAAAAAAAUAAAUAAUAAAAAAAUUCAGAACUGUAAUUAAAAUUCUUUCAGUUUUUACAUGCGUAAAAAUUGGUUAAGAAUUAAGAGGUCGUAUUAAAUACGUUGGAUAAUAACCUCCAUAAGCAUAGUGCCGAGAACUGAUGAAAGAAAUAUAUAUAAAUAAAGUUAAAAAAAUUAAAAUUAAA